AUGGACGGCAUCGCACUUAUCGAUCGCCCCCGACACAGCUUUGGCAUGUAUCACGGUUCAGCUCGUAGAGACGCUCCUGUGCACCAUGCCUCUUACUCGUCCGCAUCACACUCAACUCGUCCCUCGUCACACUCACCGCCAUACAACAGCGGUGAGAGCAGCAAGCCUUCAUUGCCUUCGUUGAGAUCGGUCCUUGGAGAAUCGGGAAUGAGCCCGCCCGCAACUCCUCCUUCUCAAGGUCUUUCGUUGCAACCCCUGCCCAGAGAACCGAUAUAUGACCACCAACCUACAUACAAGCCAGCAUCUCUCUAUCCUAACAAGAGAACGCGGACUGAUUCUGGCUGGGACGCUCGCACUCCGGAACGAACAUUCUCUGACUCUGCUCCCACAAGUCUACCGUAUAUGCCGGCUCGUCACGAGGAGACAAGGCCCCGCUCGCAGUUUGACCUGCCCACUCCCUCCAGCCGUAGUCCUGUGAUUCACAGCCAUCACGCCUCGCCGGACCUUCGUGGCCAAAGAGCAGAUUUGCCCAGGACUUACCCUAGUCCUGCCCUUCCUCGCUCUGAUGGCUAUGCUACAUCAGAUCCUAUGUUGACAGCCCGUAACCGUUCGAGUAUGUACAGCAACGCCUCUUCUGUUUCGCAGGACGAGGACAUGCGCAGACACUCUGGUUACGGCGAAUAUCAACCUCAAUCUGUACGUGAGAGAUAUGCCGUCGAGCCUCCGCGCCAAUCCUAUAUGCCUGUCGCACCGAACAACAUGCAUCGCGAAGAAUACCCGCCAGUAGCCAGACUCGAUGUCCCUCAGGCUUAUGGCAAUGCUCCAUACCCCUACUCACACGCCUUCUUUGUCCCUUCACACUACGAGUACCAGAACGGAAAGUCAAGGAAGAGAAGCAAUCUUCCCAAGCAAUCGACAGAGAUCAUGAAGCGAUGGUUUGAUGAAAACAUGCACAAUCCUUAUCCCAGUGAGGAACAANAANGGCAUUUCGCCGCUGUUGCCGGCAUCAAUUUGACUCAGGUCAGCAAUUGGUUCAUCAACCACAGGCGCCGCUGUCCCGAGCUCAGAGAAAAGCGCGACAAAAGCCGUGCUGGAAGCCGUGACGAUGACAUGCAAUGA